UUUGAAUUCAAAAUCUAAUCCACCACCCACUUUCAAUUUUCUCCCUUUAAACUCAACGCUCCAAGCUUUCCUUUUUCUCUUUCAAUUUUUAUUCGUUUUCUUGUAAUCGAAUUCUUGGAUUUCUCUGUGUCAAAUGUGCUCGGACAGUUGCGAACAUAUCGUUCUUGAUAAAGUGGAGAAUCGCGAGUCAAAGCCUUCUCCGGACUCCGACAGAGAGGAAUUUGGAGAGUGUACGGAUUUCAUGGAUGAAGAAUCUUUAUGCAACAUGAACCCAGAAACUUCUCCGGCUCAGGGGGCAACUCUUCCCAUAUUAAAGAAAGUUAUUGAUUUGAGUAACUGUAUCCAGCAUUUGAAGAAGGACCACGAGAUCCUGUCUAGUCAAGUGAAGUCGUUUUCUGGCCAUGACGUUGUAGGAACACUUCAGCUCCUCAAUGAUGAACAUGAACUUUUGAAGAAGAAAUACCUACAUGAGUCGUCAGAGAGGAAGCGCCUUUACAAUGAAGUGAUUGCGGUUAAAGGAAACAUCAGGGUUUUUUGUCGAUGUAGACCACUAAAUCAAUCUGAAAUUGCCAACGGGUACACUUCUGUAGUUGAUUUUGACCCGUCCCAUGACACUGAGCUACAGAUAGUUUCUUCUGAUUCUUCCAAGAAGCAAUUCAAGUUUGACCAUGUAUUUAGGCCUGAGGAUGGCCAAGAGGCUGUGUUUGCACGAACUAAACCCAUUGUCACUUCGGUAUUGGAUGGCUAUAAUGUCUGCAUAUUUGCUUAUGGGCAAACUGGAACAGGGAAGACAUUUACUAUGGAGGGAACACCAGAUAACAGGGGAGUUAACUACAUGACAUUGGAGGAGUUGUUUCAAGUUUCUGAAGAGAGAAGUGGUGUAAUGAAAUAUGAGCUAUUUGUCAGCAUGAUGGAGGUCUACAAUGAAAAGAUAAAGGACCUUCUAGGAGAAAACUCCAACCAGCCUGCCAAAAGAUUGGACAUAAAGCAAGCAGCUGAAGGGACACAAGAAGUUCCAGGACUUGUUGAAGCUCGUGUUUACAAUACAGAGGAAGUGUGGAAGCUUCUUAAGUUUGGAAGCCGGGUCAGAACAGUUGGAGCCACCAACGCCAAUGAAUUAAGCAGCCGUUCUCACUGCUUGUUGCGUGUAACUGUAAAGGGAACGAAUUUGAUCAAUGGCCAAAAGACUAGGAGUCACCUGUGGCUGGUAGAUUUGGCCGGCAGUGAACGUGUGGGAAAGAUUGAAGCUGAAGGUGAAAGGUUGAAAGAAUCCCAGUUUAUAAAUAAAUCUCUCUCAGCACUUGGAGAUGUGAUUUCUGCCCUCGCAUCCAAAUCUAGCCAUAUUCCUUACAGGAACUCGAAGCUAACACAUAUUCUACAGAGCUCUCUAGGAGGAGAUUGCAAGACCGUGAUGAUUGUGCAGAUCAGCCCAAGUAAUGCAGAUCUUGGGGAGACUCUAUGUUCAUUGAAUUUUGCUAGCAGAGUUAGGGGGAUUGAAAGUGGUCCUGCCCGCAAACAGGUGGACCUCACUGAGCUUUACAAGUAUAAGCAAAUGACAGAAAAGUUGAAACAUGAUGAGAAGGAAACAAAGAAGUUGCAAGAUAAUGUACAGUCCUUGCAGUUGAGACUGGCUGCCCGAGAACAUAUAUGCAGAACACUCCAAGAAAAGGUUCGUGACCUCGAAAAUCAAUUAGCCGAGGAACGGAAAACCAGAAUAAAGCUGGAAACAAGAGCUUUUUCUGCUGCUGCUACAGCUUCUACUAGAUCAUCUCUUAAGCAAGAAGCGGAGAAGACCAGAACGGAGAAAAAACCACCACUGGCUCCAUCAAAACUGAGGCUACCGUUGCGAAAAAUCAAUAAUUUCAUGCCUCUUUCGACUACACCAAUGCCUACCAACAGAAAGACAACUAGAAUGUCCAUGGCAACAGUGCCAGAGGGAAAAGAAAACAAACUGAAAAAUAUAAUGACACCAAGACGUAAUUCCAUUGCUGUAAGACCUCCAACGACCAUGAAAGCAGUUUUCCAGCCUAAAAGGCGACUAUCAAUCUCCACCUUCCGGUCAGAUUCACACAUGACAACGACACUAUGCAACUCUACUUCUGGUUUCAACCAUGCCGGUACAAUGGAUAGGCCAUCGUUAAUGCGGGAUGUGAGGAAGGCAAGGUAUUCAAGGUUGUUUUCUCCAUUGCCAAAGCUUAGGAACCCAUCAGAGACAGCACCUGCGUCCAUGAUAACCAUGACAACAGCUCGACAGACGAGAAGGCGAGUAUCAAUCGCCACGUUCCAGACAGACUCUCACAUGACAACACCACUCCGCAGCUCUACUUCUGGUUUCAACUGUGCCAAUAGACUAUCAUUAAUGCGGGAUCCAAAGAACACGAGGUAUUCGAGAUUGUUUUCUCCAUCGGCAUCAGAGACAACAACACCUGCAGCCGUGAGAAGCAGUAGCAAAUUCAUGGGAAGUCCUUCAAUGCAAGCAGGUUCAUGGAAGCCAACACACCCAACCGUCAUCGCUUUGCAACGCAAAUCGGUGGUUUGGAGUCCACUCAAGUUCAGACGCACGCAAAGGAAGCAAUCAUUCAUGCCUUCACGGCCUUCAGCUGAGAGGCAGUGAAUAUAAUAUUCAGUUUCUAUUAUAUGGUACAUUGUUGUAAAACGAUCAUGACUGUAAAGUUCAUGUAAAAACGAU